UCCUCCCUCUCUCCCACCCCCGCCCAGCCCCGUUUCCCCUCCCCGCCCCGUCCCUCCCCCGGUGGCCGCCCCGCUUCUUCGCUCCGUGCCGGGGUCGUGCUCAGCUGGACGCUGCCUCCGCUCUGAGCCGCAGGAUGGAUCUCCCUGGCUCUGCUGGUUCCUCUGCCCUCCCCAAGCACAUCUUGGACGUCUGGCUCAUCGUUCUUAUCAUCCUGGCCACCAUCCUCAUCAUGACGGCCCUGGUGCUCUGCCCUGCCACAGCUGUCAUCAUCUACCGGGUGCGGACUCACCCCACACGCAAUGGCAUCGUGUGAGGGGGGACAGCAGGACUCCCACCAUAGGGCACCUCGAGAGUGGGGAGAAGAUGGGGCUGGAGCGAGAGUGAAGCCCUGGUGCUGCCAGGGAGCACAGCAGGAUCUGGUUGUGUGGCAUUGAGGACAUGGAUGUGAUGCCCAGCUGGAAGUGACUUGUUCCUGUAAGACAGCUUGUCUGUGCCAUCUUGCAGCCACGUUAUCCCAUUGGGACUCUCCCAGCACCAGCAGCAAGGAUUGUAAAUGCCUGGCAUAGUUAUUUCUCCAUCUCCUGGGGUGGCUGGAAAAGAAGAGUUGAAGCCAGAUGAUGGUUGUGGCUUCUGCUUGUGCAUCCACAGUGCUGAAAGCAUUGCUGCAGGAGCCCAUCCCAGCAGGAAUGCAGCUGGCACCAGUGGUUCCAAGUGUCAGAUAUCAACUGGAAUUCCAGGAAAACCUGUGGGGUUCAGAUCCUAUGGGUGCAGUGGGACAGAGGAGCAUGGGCAGCUCCUGCCUGCAUCAUGUUGGGGUUGCAUCCCUCCCCCUGUGCCUUCCUAUCAAAUGGGCAGCAGAGGGUUCCCCCACAGGUAGUGCCAGACCAAAUAAGCUUGUAGAAAAUAAACUGACUUUAUGUGUUUAUGUCUAU